CGCGUCACCUGGCAAGGCAGUGGGCACCGAGUCACCAGGCACGACAGCGGGCUCUGAGUCAAUUGGCACGACAACGGGCACCGGGUCAUCAGGCACCGGGUCAUCUGGCGCUGGAUCGUCUGGCUCGACAGCGGGCAUCGGGUCACCAGGCAUGACAGCGGGCACUGGGUCAUCAGGCAUUGGAUCGUCUGGAUCAACAGCGGGCAUCGAGUCAACUGGCCUAAUAGGAUCAUCAGGCUGGAUCAGUUCAUCAGGCUGGGUAGAAACAUCAUGCUGGGUAGAGGCAGCAGGCUGAAUGGAGGCAGCAGGCUGAAUAGAGGCAUCAGGCCGGGUAGAGGCAUCAGGCCGGGUAGAGGCAUCAGGCUGAAUGGAGGCAUCAGGCUGAAUGGAGGCAUCAGGCUGGGUGGAGGCAUCAGGCUGGGUAGAGGCAUCAGGAUGGGUACAGACAUCAGGCUGGGUACAGACAUCCGGUUGAAGUGCGGCUGGAGACAGAGAAGAGCUGGAGGAUGGAACAGGGGAGUGAACAGUUGCUACAGAGGACUUCUUUACAGGGUUAAAGGCAGGAUAGGUGCAGCGAGUGGGAACAGGGUACUGACAUGCGGUAGAUAGCAGGGCAGGAGGAGCUGUUGGGAAUGCAGAAAUAGAGCUUUGAGGAAAUAGAUUAGAAGCAGGACUGGGUUUUUGCAAGCUGACUGAGGCUGGGUGCAACAAAUCUGUCCAUGUCUGCAGUAUGGGUUGAACAAAGCUGAGCUUACACAAAGCCUGUCUGACCAAAGACUGCACUGCGUUUAUACAAUCUCUUAGUAUCUGUGGUGAACAUGCAGAAUAACGCUCCAGAAAGU